AUGAUGCAGCAUUUAGACAUAGCUCUACUGUCGGCAUUUGUGGAGAGGUGGCAGCCGGACACAAACACCUUCCACAUGCCGUUUGGAGAGUUUUCGAUCCUUCUACACGAUGUGCAUCACAUUCUUCGGAUACCGGUUGACGGAGAGCUGAUGGGAGAUUAG